CUCCUCUAUGCACACUACAACUCCCGGCGGCCCCCGCACUACAGCGACGAGCGGCUGCAUGGCUGGGACAGAAAGAUGAUGGUGUCUCUGGUCUCUCGGGAGCCGCCUUUGGUGCCGGUUAUUGGGAGUCAGUGGGCGGCCAGCCUGCAGACACCGGAGUACUGGGGCGGCCCACAAUAAGCCCCUCAAACAGUGGACUCUGAUCGUUAACCCGUUGAGCAGCCUGAAGGUGAAGCUGCCCUGUGAUGUUCGGGUCAGACCGCAGGAUCCCCUCACCUACCCCGACGCCGACCGAGUGUUUGUACUGGUGAGCGGGGUGGACCGCAAUGUGCACCGGGGGCUGGACCUGGACAACAUCGACGUCCGCUAUGAUGAGGAGGCCAAGCAGGUCCAGAUCACCUCCCAAGACAUAGACAGCCGCAGUUGUGUGGAGGUCACCACCCCCCUCCGAUUUGAUGUGAACAUCAAAACUUUGGGAUCGGGUUGUGUGACUGUUAAACAGAUUGAGUGUGACAGCUGCCAAAUAGAAACUGAGAAGGGUAACAGUGUCCUACAAUCUGUCAAGGGGCACAAUGUUCACAUUCGUACAAAAGGGGGCAAGGUGGUGUGUUUGGGAACAGUCCAUGGCAACGUGGAUAUCCGUGCUUUGGCUCAUAGUACGGUUGAUAUUGAAAAACUGUUAGGUACAUCCAUUAAUAUUUGCACAGAAAAUGGUCAGCUGAAAGCCAAAUACCUGUAUGCAGAAUCUUCAUCAAUGUCUUCAGCUGCUGGAGAUAUAAUAGUAGGAAGUGCCCAUGGUAAGUCCUCCACCAAGCAAAAAAAAAAAAACAUGAUUUCAGAUUCCUCAGAUGGAUGUUUAAUGGCUUCUACAAAACAUGGAACAAUAGAUGUAUAUGUCAGUCAAGCUGGUAAAGUGCAUCUCAAAUCUGACAAAGGUAAGUAUUAUUUGCACACGGUAAAAUGCACUUUUUAG